AUGUAGAGCUGCCGCAGCUUCUUCACCAGGCUGGUGGUGGGCAUGUUCGUGGUCUCCGUGGUGCACACCUGCUGGGUCAUGUACCACAUCGUCUACACCCGCCCAUGCUCCGGCGACGCCAGCUGCAUCCAGCCCUACCUGGUGCGGCGGCCCAAGCUGCAGCUGAGCGUGUACACCACGACGCGGUCCCACCUGGGUGCCGAGGACAACAUCGACCUGGCCUUGAACGUGGAUGACUUCGAUGUGGAGUCCAAAUUCGAGAGGACAGUUAGUGUUUCUGUACCAAAGAAAACAAGAAAUAACGGGACACUGUAUGCCUACAUCUUCCUCCAUCAUGCUGGGAUCCUGCCAUGGCACGAUGGGAAGCAGGUGCACCUACAUGGUCCCCAAGCCGGAAGAAUCAACCUGCUCACUGGGGAAUCUGAUGCACAGCAGCAGAUAGAGGAGGAGAGGAAGCCAGCGAGCGCCCUGGAUGAGCCUGUGUUUCACUGGAGACCGUGGCUGGCGCUGAAUGUGAUGGCGGACAACUUCAUCUUCGACGGGUCCUCCCUGCCUGCCGACGUGCAUCGGUACAUAAAGAUGAUCCAGCUCGGGAAGACCGUGCAUUACCUCCCCAUUCUGUUUAUCCACCAGCUCAGCAACCGCGUCAAGGACCUGAUGGUCAUAAACCGCUCCACCGAGCUGCCCCUCACCGUGUCCUACGAUAAGGUCUCACUGGGGCGGCUGCACUUCCGGAUCCACGUGCAGGACUUUGUAUACUCCCUGCAGCAGUUCGGGUUUUCAGAGAAAGAUGCCGAUGAGGUGAAAAUUAUUGUAGAUACCAACUUGUACUUCCUGGCACUGACCUUCUUUGUCACAGCAUUGCAUCUUCUCUUUGAUUUCCUGGACUUUAAAAACGACAUCAGUUUCUGGAAGAAAAAGAAGAGCAUGAUUGGCAUGUCCACCAAGGCAGUGCUCUGGCGCUACUUCAGCAGCGUAGUCAUCUUCCUGUUCCUGCUGGAUGAGCAGACGAGCCAGCUGGUGCUGGUCCCGGCCGGCAACAGAGCCGCCAUCGAGUUCGGCACUUACAGUGAGUCUGAGAGGAAGACCGAGGAGUAUGAUACUCAGGCCAUGAAAUACUUGUCCUACCUGCUGUACCCUCUCUGCAUCGGGGGUGCUGUCUAUUCACUCCUGAACACCAAGUAUAAGAGCUGGUACUCCUGGUUAAUCAACAGUUUUGUCAACGGGGUCUAUGCCUUUGGCUUCCUCUUCAUGCUGCCCCAGCUCUUUGUGAACUGCAAGUUGAAGUCGGUGGCACAUCUGCCCUGGAAGGCCUUCACCUACAAAGCUUUCAACACCUUCAUUGAGGACGUGUUUGCCUUCAUCACCAUGCCCACGUCUCACUGGCUGGCCUGCUUCUGGGACGGUGUGUUUCUGGUCGACCUGUACCAGCGGUGCGGCUUCAUCCACAAGCCAGGGGCAUAUUGGCAAGGCCUCUGGGCCUCUUGGGAUCAGCCGCUGUGCCCUGCCAAGCGUUCACAGCUGAUGAGACAGUCCCCAAACGUGGCUGUUCCAGUUCUGAUCACUGGGGUCUUUGUGGCUGCACACUUACUGGAAAAUGAGUCCAGGGUGCUGAGUCCUCCUCUCAGGUUACAGUCAGCUCCCACAGUGGGGUGUGCUGCUGAUUUGCUCGUGGGUGUCACUGCAGGCUUUAUCCUGUGGAUAAAUGCAGAGUCAAUGAGUUUGGGGAGUCCUAUGAGGAGGCCACGCAGACACCCCACGCGGACUGAAGGCCGCCCACCCUUGGGGCAAGUGCACCUUGAAUUGUCACACCCCUCUCGUGUGUCUGGCUUCCUCGAAGCUGAGGGGCUUCAGGAACCCUGCCAAGAGCCCCGAACCUGCAGGAAGUCUGUUCCACGUGUCCCACUUAAAUGGACUAGACACAAUUGCAGGAUGCUCGUUCAGCUGAGAACCAAACCCAGAUGCUCUCAGGACCUGCAGGCCACAGUGACAUUUCUGUAUGCCCUGCUUUCUCCUCGGAUUGGAUAA